UCCUCCUCCACGUUACACAGAGUGGCGGACGGACGUUUGUUUGGCUUCAAUUGAUUCGAACUCGGGAAGUGAGACACCGAACACUCCCUCGCGAACCUACUCAAUGACAGCUGACUUUCUUUCUGUCAGUGUUCGAAAGUGCGACAGGCAUUCAGAACAGACUAUUUGUGUGGUACUUGUGUGACACAAACGCAUAAGUCAAAAUUGAAUUAUUGGUGACGUGCGACAACUAGCGGUCUGCUGAUGUGAUAUAGUUCCGAAAUAAUUCAGGACGUGAUAUUAAUACCCUUUUGUAUACACAUAGAUAACACGAUCAUUGAAAGAAAAGUGGAAAUAAGUUUGUAUGAGGUCCUCUUAAUGAGGAUUUGAAAGUCCUUUUAUUAAGGACGAAAACGUCCCACAAAUAGAUAAAGUUCGAACACUGGUAUCGAUUAAAUAACCGUAAUGGUUCCACUUUAUUCCAUCGAUGAAAUUACCUCGAAAGCAUGUUUUACCACCCGCCUAUCGGAAAAAUGCCUCAAAAGAGGCAUCCGGCCAUGAAUGGAAUGUGCAGGAAUAUUAUAAUCAUUAUUCCUGACGGGACUGUCCGAACGAAACUGUUCAACCAUUCAACUCCCCCGACUUAAGCCCAGCUGUUCGAAGCGCUUCGGAGCUUCACGAACCAGGGAGAGAGAGAGGAGGAGGAGGCCGAUCAGAGAAAAUUGGCUCAAGGUGAACGAUUCCAACCCCGUUCUCUUUUAAUCCGGGCCGUUGAUUGGGCGGAUUUUUCGCGCUUUCAUCACCCUUUGCCAAUCAGCGAGUGUGAUGAGAGUGGCACCAUAUCUUCACCACCGCGCAAACGACACAAACGAGCGCCGUUGUCCGGUGGGAGUGUUCAAAAGACCGUGGAACCCCGGCUCCUGAAAAAGUGGUUCCGAGGAGACCCGGAGUCUUUACCCAGAAGAAGAAGAAGAAGAGGAGGAAGACGAAGGACGACAACAAUAACAACAACAACAACAUAAAACACUCGUGAGAUCCCAGGUCACUCAUUAAAACAAAGUCCCAAGACCCGAGGUCACUUCUUCGUCGAAGAAGAAGAGGAACAACAACACUAAAACAACAACAACAACACGUAAGUGCCCCCCCAAGAAAACAAAAACAAAAAUGAUGGACAUGGUGAAGACGCAGUUGGCCAUCGGGGCUUACUCCUUCGUGGCCUGGAUCGUCCUGUACCUGUUGAUUUCGACCAUACUGCGUAUGUGGGCCAGGACGAGCCACCUCUCCGACUACCACCGGGCGCAGGUCGCAGAAUCCUUCGUUUCGGGCGUGCAGGGCGUCGCCUGCGCCGUGGUGGGCGUCGCCACCGUGUCCGCCUGCAGGCACGAUGUCAUGGGGGCAAAGUAUCCGCUGGCGCUCUACUACUCGUCUAUCGGGACGGCCUAUUUCAUCUACGACCUGUGGGCCAUGUACAUGAGCCACUACCCCAAGCAGGCCCGCGGCGGCCCCGUCGCCUUCUUCUUGUCGUACCUCCACAAGAACGUCCUCAUGAUCCUCCACCACAUAGCCAUCAUUUUUGUCCUCUUCCCCUCCCUCGUGUACUAUUCCUCCAUGGGUGACUUUUUCUGCGGGUGCUUCUUCUGCACGGAGCUCUCCACCCCGUUUGUCAACGCCCGCGUCAUUCUCAGCCGUUUAGGCCUCAAGAACUCCAAACUCUAUGUGGUCAAUGGGCUCGUGAUGCUGACGGUGUUCGCCAUGUGUCGCGUCGCACUCUUCCCCUUAAUGUACGCAGCCUACUUGAGCCAGCAGACGAUCGCUCCGUCUCAUAUCCAGGCCCUUUUGUCUGUGCCCCUGAGGUGUCAUUUGUCAUGCCUUGUCGUCCUAGCACCGCAAAUCUAUUGGCUAAGCCUGAUGGUCAAAGGCGCAUUGGCAGUUUUAAGGAAAGAUGCCUCAAGUCUAAUAGACAAGGAUGAUUGAUGAUCCUUUAAGUUAGUUUUUGCAAGUGGUCCUUGAAUAUUCUUAUUGUUUGUAUUUAUGAAAGUAUAAAGUGGAACUAAGGCUUACCUAUACUGUGUACUUUGUCUCAAAGAGUGGCGUAUGCCUAGAUUGAGUAAAUAAGAUCUGAAGACAAGAAACUGUAUGUGGGGUAAGUUUAAUGUACAGUCGGGUAUUAAUGUUGACAUGUCCUUAAGCCUCAUUGCAAUUACCGAGGGAUGCUUUAUUAAAGAAAGAAUUUAUCAAAGACUAGAUUUUCUGUAAGUUGUUUAUAGUAGCCUAAUGUAAUUGUAAAUAAUGAGUUGUGAUAUAUAGAAAGUCUACUUAAACAAUUGUUUAUUCAGUAUGAAGAUUUUUGUAUUUAAGCACCAAAGUUUUAUUUAAACAGAAUUUGUUGUUGGCUGUCUUGUUAGAUCUGUCAAUUAAUCUACUAAAAAUCUGUUAUAUAUGAAUCUGUAGCUGUUAAUAUUUUGUAUAGGCCCAGUUAUGUUAGGAUUUGUAAAGUUAGCUAUGGUUAUAUUAUUCCCUGUAAAGUCAAUAAUAUAGAGUAUUUUCAUUCCAAUCAUUAACUAAAGUUUUUCAACCUUUAUAUUUUGAAUAUGUCAGCCAUGUAAGUUAGUGCCAAAUACGAAAUUUAUGGUGAAGAAUUAACAUAGUUGUAAUAUGAUAAAAGACAAGGGAUUAUAAUGUAUAUCAAUAUAUUUAGCUUUCUUAAAUACUUCAGGGAAAAAAUAAAAGUCAUGCCAGUUUAGUUCAUCAGAGUGAACCAUAUAUUUCAUGUUCUAGUUCAUAGCUAUGUGUGGAAAAACCACCAAAGCUAUUGGGUUAUCACAAGUAAUCAGCAGCUAUGAUUUAGAAACGCAGUGGACAGUAUCAAUUAUUACUUUUUGCUGAUGAGGAUAAUUUCUUCACAAAUUUUUGACUGCAAUGAUUGAAAAAAAUUGUAUUGUCAAGCAUGAUUGUUUGGAUCCUGUCACCUAAUGGUACUAGUUUCUAGUGGAGUACAAACAAGAACCUUUUGUGUGAGAGUAUUCCUCAGUGUAAACUUGAAUCAGUGGUUUGAACUUGGUAACACGGUAGUUAAGUGGUGCCAUCACCAUGCACUUUUUCUUAAGCCACUGUUGAGUAGAGAUAUCUUGCUGCCUUCUACCAAACUUGAAAUGCUCAAACUUAUAUGAGUUUGAUUUUCUGCUAGAUCUUGGAUGUAACAAAAUAAAAAAAAACUGAACAGCCGAAGUAUGAAGAACAUUAGCAAGUGUAGGGCUGUUUUACGUCCUUUGUAUCUUUUGGAUCCCCAUCAAUGUUGUUACGUCUGUUGAAUCUUCCCUUGUGAGGAGUGUUUGAGUUAUUCCUCUUCUCAGUUGAAAAAGUUUGGGAAGAAAUGGAGGAAGGCUAAAAAGUGUUCUCUUGCGUCGUCAGGUGAGAAUACUGUAGCAUUCUGCAUCCCACUUAGUCCGAUACUGGAUGAAAAGGUGCUUGUUGAUGGCCAGUGAGCAAAGCUUUCCACCUACCACCAGUUAACCAUCUGGUUACCAAGUUUCGAUGACUGAUCCAUGUUUGUGCUAAGGGAUACUCCUACAUGGAAUGUUAUGUUUUGUAUACCUAGGAAAAAUACAAAUUGCUUUAAAACUUUGUGAUUUUUGGGCCAUCUUCUAAGGGUAAUUUUUCUGUGAUAAAGUAACCUAUAGAUGGCACCAGUUUAAUGGAACUGUAGCAGAGUCUUAUGACUGAUAGUAUAAUUAUUCACAGUAAGAUUGUAUGUAAAAUACGACACAGUUAAUCUUAAAUGUGGUAUAUUUUUGACACUUUGUAGUGUGUAUGUAAAAAAAAAUUGUAGAAUUCUCUGUAAGCAUUAUUAUUACACAGUAAUUUAGGAUAAUUCAAAGUCAGUGAUCUGACCCAUGAUCUCUUUAAAGUUAACUCGGGGAUGGCAGAUUAAAGUGCCACAUUUUAUAGGAAAAGGUUGAGUAAAAAUGCUGAAAUUGAUGAAAAAAAAAGCAUUGCUGUGAUAAAGUUCUUUUUAGAAUUGGAAUAUUGAAAACAAAACCAUGCUGUUUCUCAUAUACUUAUUGGAAGGCAACAAUAUUUUAUCAUUGUUGUAUUAAAGUGAUUAGCACUGCUACUUUUCCAUUGUAAUGUAAUGAAUGUUGGUCUCAAAGUAGAACAUAUGAAGUGUUUGGAGAAGCUUUUUGCAUUUUUGUGUAUUUUGUGUAUUUUAUUUUUGGAGAAGUGCUUAUGUUAGAAAGUGUUGACAAAGUGUUCUCUGUGCAGUAACAAGUUCUGUGUAGAUAGAGAUGUGUUAGCUAUUUAUUUUAUGUAGGUAUAUGUUGUAUGUAGAGGUUUAGAGUGUUUUAUAUACAUGCAUUUUUUUGUAUUUGUUCACAAUGCAGUAUGUAUAUGCCUGAUUUAUUUGUGGGUGUUACAGUCAUGUACAUACAUUUUUCUCAAUGCUCUAAUAUCAUAAUGUAUAGCACUUAGAAGGGCAAGAAAGGAUGUAUAUAAUAUAUACGUAUAGUAUCUAAACAUGGACCAAAAUAUCAGUCAAGGCUGGCAGUUACCCUUACUCUUGCUCCAUGUACUAUUGAGUUUCAUUUGUUUUAGGUCAGUUUGGAUAGAGCCUUUUCAUUUUUUUCUUUUUUUUUUCAGACAAAACCCUUCAUAGUACAUUAGUAGCCAAGGUACAGUACAGUAUAUUGUAUCAGCAGCUUUUACCAACAUUUCUCUUGAGUUUACUUACUUAUGAAUUCCAGCAUGGGCUGCUUAACCUUACUCGUCGUAGAGGGCAUAAUAGGAAUGUUUCCAUCUUGAUCUUACUCCAGUCUCGCAUCCUUUGAAAUGAUUUUUCCUGGAUAUUUUUCAUCUUCCCACACAAGUUAAUUGCUAGAUCUCAUUGAUUAGAAAGUAUACUUUUGUGAUAUGUGCUUUAAGGAAUUCAGAUUACUGUAAAGAUUUGCUCUGAAUGAACGUUGAUUCAGUACUAUAAGGAUGUGAAAUAGAAAUUCAUUCCGGAACAUUUGAGACAUGAAAAAUAGUCAUGUUAAAAUAUUACUUAUAAAUUUCAUAUGGUAAAGCUUAAACAUCAUAAUUUAGUGUUUAAGAGUAUUUAUGUUGUAUAGUGUUCAUAUGUACUUGAUAUAUUUGAUCCUGCUCAAUAUUUUUCUUACAGAAAAUAGAAUACAUAUGCUGUACAUAAGAAGGUGAAGUUUGCAUAGUAAGAUUUACAGGAGGAAAUUAGUAAAUGUAUUGUGUAGAUAGUAAUACGUAAUUAUUAACUGUACUGUUAAUGAAUGCGAGCAUAUCAGUACUGACAUAAAGGGUAGUGUAUGCCUUGCUCUUAUUGCACUACAUAAUUUUUGGGCAUUGCCCAGGAGAUUAAUUUCUAAAGCUAUCCUUCAGUGUUACCUGCUGGCAUGGCUGUUGCUCUUGUACACUUUGAUUUAUAUAUGGCUAGUAGGUUCAUAGCAUCUAAAUUUAUGGGCUGAUCUUCAAAGACCAACUCCAACUUUUUAUUAGUUUUGCCGAGGAUGUCUUUAGUUUUUGCAAUAACGUACAUAUGUUUUAACUGAGGUUUUUUUCUCCCUUUUCUACCAUGCAGCUGCUCUGACACAUCACCAAUACUGGUUAUGAGGAGAAUUAAUUUUGUAUAGAAUGCCCACUUAGAAAUACAAAAUAAAUUUCAGUUUUCCUUAGAAGGAGACGAGUUGACUAGUGCGGCAGGUGAGAUGGUAAGGGAGGUUGACCAUAGGAGAGGUGUGCAGUUUGUGAUUGGUCCACAUCUAUUUAGGCAUUUCUUGCUAAAAGGAGAUGUUGAUGGUUAUUUUGUCUCUUGGAAGAUUUCCCACCCCCCCCCCUCUCAAUAAUGCUAAGUUGAUAGGCUUUGAGAUGAGAUUUUUAUUUUUUAUUAUCAUUAUUAUACUUAGUUCGUCAGAUAUUAAGGGGGUGAUUGGGAAUACAAUGGUAUAUAAUAAGUUUUACAAGGAAAAAUGCUCACAAAUUUUUGGGCAUGUUAAAAUUGCCUUUAGUUUUUUUUAGUUUCUAGCAACAUCUUGGAAGUUAUGUUAUGUAAUUCUUGUCACACUAUUUGGAAAAGGACUGAAAUGAGGAAGUCACUUGUGCUGAUAAUUAAAAGAAAGUAAAGUUCAGAAUUUGAGAGCCAUGUUAUAUGUUCUUGGGAGGUUCAUAGAUGGCUUUUGAAUGGAGCCAUGUUUUGUUGCAUAAUUUUACUUAGUGGCUUCAGUGACCUUAUCAAUAACUUUGUGUAUAAGUAUUGUUUUAUAUUCUAAGAUAUCAAUGCCCAUUCUGUAAGUUGCCAGUUUUACACGUUGUGGAAAGACAAAGGCACUAGUCAAACAUUCUGAGUCUUUGAUAUACCCUAGGAAGUACUAUUAUACAUUAAUGAUGUUAUAUAGUAUGUUGAAUACAUGACACUUAUUACGUAAAAUACAUCCAGUGGCUUAAGUAAAUGUUUCUUACCUACACAGGAGAACUGUUAUUCAAAAACAAAAUUUUAUGUUAUAGAAAAGCUAAUGAAUGCUUUGAGUGGCUUUACAAAAUAUAAAGGAAACUAUUGAUAUUGGUUGCAUAAGAGAAUGUCACAAACUAGAAUUUAACUGAUAAUUGAGCUUGGUUAGCUAUGAUGUGGCUGACUUCAUUCAAGAAAUAUCUCCAUGAGUUAAGUACAGAAAUACCAGUAAAACUACUUAGUAAAUGAUGUAGGAAUGGGGUGUGGUCAGCAUGGUCAACUAUUAUGGUUAACAUCUACAGAUUUUAAUGCUGUGUUAAACAGUACAUAAGGGAAAAUAUUUCUUUUAGAAUGAAGUUAUAUUUCCUAGGAGUUCUGUACUUUCUAGCUAGUGUAUGUACUGUGAAUGAAACAGAUAAAUUUGUUGAAGUUACUGUGUGAUAUAAUGUACCUAUGAUGCUCAUGAUGGAAUUGUGUACUUAUGAUGCAGUUAUCAGUAGCAUACUUUGACCUCUUAUGUUCAUUGAAAUUUGUAUUUCAUUUGUCUAAUUAAAUAGUGUACCAUAUUUACCAUGUCAUGUAACAUGAGAUAAGCCUGUGCAUUACCAGUACUAUUAUCGCCUAACAGCAUUCUUGAUCCAAAUUAUUACUAAAAUUUAGUGUAAAACUAUUCAUUCCUUUACCAAAUUUACAAAUUACUUUAUUCAUAUAACAGCAAUUAGUACUAAGUUAGGCUUAAUUACUAUUUCAUCUAGAGGUUUCUGACACUACUGAUUAUCACUUCUCUCUUUUGUUUUUGUGUAUUGCUUUCUGCAAAUUAAUUUCUCCCAAAUCCAUAUUUGACUGAAUAAGUUAGGACUCCUUUUGGAUGAUGUCCAAACAGAGUUAAUGCAAAAAUGGAAUGUAGGGUGAUUAUUUGGUUUUGUUAAUUAGAAGCUCUUGAAAGGGUAAGGUUAAUGUUUUCACUCAUUGAUACCCAUGAUUCUCUCCCAGGAAACCAUUGUGGCAAGAUGGAAAUCGUACUGUGCAUCCGAGGUUUUGUUCAUGAUCAUUUUGAAGUGCCAUUCAGUGUCUAAUUACAAACCAUAGAUUUGUUAAUGAAUGACAGUUUUUGAUGUAUAUAUGCAUAGUAUAUAUGUAUAUUAUCUUUGCUUCUAAUAGGGAACUACACACAAUCCUAUUUUGUGCAGUGCGGGAAAUGACCCGAGUUAGUCACUUUUCCUCUGAAUUGUGAAAUCCUCGUAUACUAAUGACUGGGGGUCUCUGUUUUAAACUUGUGAAUCAACUGUUUUCUCCACUGAUGAUGUCUUAUUGAUAUUGAGAAGCUAAGCCUUUCACCAGAAUGAAGAGUACUGAUCUAGAAACACGGAAAUCUCCCAGGUAGUCUGGCGCUGUAUUUUCUGCAAGCAUAGCUUUGGCAGGUUUUAUGCGGUACAAGUCCCUUUGUGAUUUUCAAUUAAGAUUAGUGAGAAUGAAUUUAUCUCUUUCUUUGUAUAUAAAGACAUUCCAUUGACUUUCAAGCUAGUUUUACAUGUUUAUUUGCUUUGAUAAAUCAUAGUUUUAUGCAGUUUAUAAUUGCUUGUAUAGUUCACUAUUACUCUCUAGUCCAUGUCAGUAUUUUAAUUUACUUGUUUUGCAACCCUCUGUUCUUCCAUCUCCAUGUUUUAGAGUUAUUAUGCAUCUCAACUUUUCUGUCAAGAAACGUAUCUGUAAUUUCCCGUGCAGUUAGGCCCCAUUUUUUCACUUUGUCCUCCCAUAUUUUUCCCUUAUGUUUGUCGAGUUAUUCAAGAUAACCUGUUCCCUUUACGUUUGCUCUUACACGAGAACCCAGCUGCCUUAUAUUGGUACCCUUGAUAGACAGUAUCCAGUAAUUAGUAAUACUUGCAUACCUGCUGGUGGAUGGCAUGCAUUUUUAGGUUGGUGUGUUCCUAUGCAUUGGUGGUUGUACUGCUGUGAAUAAAAAAUCCAGAGCUGGCAUCACAUUUGUUUGUUUUCAUAAGAUGCUGUUUCUUUUGUAUUUUUGCAGGAUGCAUAGGAAUUUGUGGAUUUUAGACUUGUUCCUUAUGGAUUUUUGCUCAUUUAGAAUAAAAUUUCUUGGAAGUGCUUUUCAUUCCGUAUUGUUAUCUACAUGUUCUUUUUUUCUUGAUAUAACUCCUGCUACGUAUGUUAAUCAGGACAUGAUGUUCAGCUACGCUGAGUGAAUGUCAUCUUGGACCCAAACUGAGUAGAAUAUUUGUGCAGUGCUCAGUUUCUCAGUUUCUGGAAGGAAGACUCUUUGUUAAGGUGUUUUUCUGAAGAAUUUUGGAGUUAACUGAAGGAGAAGUUACCACAGUCAUGAAUCCACAUCUGUGGUUCUAACCUUUCAAAUUGGUUUAUGAAUCUGUUUCCCUUCUGGAUCAAAAGUGUAGUAUCUUCUGAUUAUUAACAAAAUUAAUAAUUGCUCAUAUAAUUUCUUAAAUUAGAAUGGUUACUUUGUAUGUGUAGGAAGUUUUGGCUUCCUUGAAUCAUCAUAUGUUGGUACCAUACUGUUCACGCAUUACUAAGUGUCUUUAUUUGACCUCAGAGUCAUCUGAUUCAUAAGUGAGCUAGUAACCUCUCUUUUUGAGGCACUGGAGAUUACAGAGUUGUAACUGACAAAUUCUCGUUAUCUGUCAUUCUCAGAGAAGUUCAUGGAAGGCAGGUCACGAUCUUUUGUUCGCUUGAUCAUGAGCAAACUCCGUUGCCCUUAUUGCAACUUGUCAGUGUCAAGUGACAGUGCUGUAAUAGCUUGUUUCUGAAUGUGUUAUCUCCUGAAUCUUUUGCAAAGUCAUAAAGGGUAAAAUGGGUACUUAUUAAGGAUGUGUAAAUGUUCAUUCAUGAUAUAUUCACUUUUAUCUUUGUUAUUCACAUCGAGGGAACAUUUCUUAUAGCACCAGUUGACCAGUAUUACUACCAGGAAUGUUAAAAGGUAUACUGUCCAACUCUUUGUCACUUUUCUUACUGAUUGGCAUCAGUCAACUUGAAGUUUCUUUCUGGGUUGGGUAUCUGCUGUAGACAUGAAUCUUCAGUUGCAGAGAUAUGAAUUAUGUUGUAUCGCAUUGUCUUCAUCAAGCGAUUGAGUUGGAUUAAGGGUUGUGUAAAACUAUGGGUUUAUGACUUAAAAAUUAAGAGUUUGUUAUUCAUAAUGUCAAACUUGUAUUCUUUAUUGAAAUACUGCAUUUUGAGAUUGCUUUGCUUGCUUCACAUGAUGAUAGAAAAAAAUCCUUCCCCAGGUGUUUGUGUACACCAUAAGUAUAUGAAAGUGCCUGGAAAGGAUUCUUUUUCAUCUAUCAGAAUGUAGUGUUUGUUAUACAGUAUGGGCAUCACAUACUUUGAGUGGUCAUGUUACAUUUUGAAAGUAGUAUUACACGUAUCUUUUGUUUUGAUGAUUAGUGAUGUUAUAAUUACUAAUACAGAAAUAAAAGAUUAAUUUACAUUGCAGCUUUCUGUUUUACAAAUAAAUGCAUGUAUAUACAUAUACUAUAUAUUAAGGCAUAUGUCAUUUCAACCUAUAUAUUCGCUGCAGCUGUUAUUGUGUUAUGAUACAUGUUAUUCCAUAGUCUAAUUAUAUUUGCUGUACAUCACACAAAAUUGGGUACCAUAUCAUGAAGUUUUGAUUUCUCUCUGAAAUAAUUCAGUGGUUAGGUUAAUCUACUUAAUUACACUAAUAACAUUAUGUUUUUCAUUGUGAUCGAGAACACUUACGUCAAAAUAAUAUUCAAGGGUACCUUUUUCUCAGUUUUGUCACACCCCAGGCCAGUGCGCAGUGCUUGCUAGGUGGUGGUCAGGAAGAUUUUCAAGUUAACAUGAACCUUGACAUUUUGUUAUAUUUGUGCUACUGAUGAUGAGGCAGACCACCUGCACCUAUUGUCAUUGUAUAUUUAUAGUAGAAUAUCAUGUAUUUAAAUGGUUAAGUUAUUCUAAUACACUUAGCGUCAGCACAUUAACUUUUGAUGUAACAUGCUGUAAAUGAAGAGCAUGGUAGCUAGGGCUAUUUUCAAAUGAUCGUGUAUGAGGUAGUAUUUAUUUUCCUGUCAAUAAUAAAUCUUUUGUGUGAUUUUUUUUUUGGAGGUUUCAAAUAAAGAAAUGUGAAAGGCAGACGCAGUGUAUGUACUGUAAUAGAAUAUCAAGAUAUAUUUGUUGGAUAAAGGAAUGUGGUGUGGAGCUCAGUUGCAUCUUUUUACAGUCAUUCUAUGCAUACUGAUGAUAGAUUACUGUGUGAAGUAAUGAGAUGAAUAUUAUCUUCAGUUGCUGACACUGACCAUUUAAAAGUUAUAGUAGUUGUUAACAUACUAACCAUACACUUAGUAUUGCACUGAUUUCUGGUGGAAGUUGAGCUGCUGUUUAGGAAGAACGCAAUAGACUGUUGUAAUCAAAUUUGAGUCUCAAGGUAUUUCAUUAUUGUAUGUAUGUUAUUUAUUCACAGUGAUAUUGGUAAUACGUAUUUGUUUAUUCCCCUCACAUAUCAAGAAAAUUUACAUUGGCAUGUUUUAAAAGACAUUGAUUUCAAAUACUAGAGUCAUGAUUGAAUUGUUGUGCCCAUGGAAAUCAUAUUUAAUUUGAGUAAACAUAGAAUUUGCAUCCAAGUCUUUUGUCAAAGUGUACAACUUCACUUAUAUGCUACAGUUUGUUUUAUUGUAGCUUGCUGACACUAGAUGUUUGGGUGUUUUUCCACUUUGUAUAAUUCUCCUUCACCAUGCAGUGACUGAGACCUUUAGUAAGAAAGGGCAUCGCCCUUUGUUGAAAGAAUAGUAAGGACUUGUGAAGGCAGUCAGUUCCAGCAACUAUGAAGUAUUUUUGUUAAUUUAUGUUGGGAAAACAUUAAAGAAGGGUGUAGCAUUUUCCCAGAGGUUUUACGUCGCUAAGCAACAGCUAUGUAUACGUAUCAUGAUGCUUACAAGUUUAUGGUAUUUUCCUUCUAAGUAAUAAAAUCAAAGGGUGUGAAGAAAUUUUAUAUACGCAGAUGCUAUUGUACUGUAUUUGUGACUCGCAAAUAUCGCAAAUAUAUUCAAUAUUUGUAUAUUGUGUAAGACUUAUGGGAAGGUAUGAAAGUGCCUUGUGUCAUUCUUCCAGUUGUAUUUUUUUUCAAAUCCGCUAGAAAAAGACCAUUUCAACUUGAAUUAUGCUUCAGACUUCUCUGUACUAUAUUAGACAGUUGAAGCAGGCCUCAUUCCCUUUUUCCCUAGAGAAAGGAUGCUGUGGAGUAGACUCAGAUAUUUAUAGAAUUAUAAUGGAAGUGUUUGUUACCUAUUUUGCUACAAGUUUUGCAUAACCAUAUUCAUGAUGUGGCCAGAAGUCUAGUCUGUAAUAUUAAAAACUAAACUCAA